UGAUUCCAUUUGUUCACCUCACUGCAAAAGCGGAUGCCGAAAUGGAUUCUGCCUUUCUCCUGGAAAAUGUGCGUGUUAUAAAGAAUACCGUAUGGUAAAUGAGAACAGCUGUGACCCAAUUUGUGAGAGUGGAUGUGCUAACGGUUUCUGCAGUGCUCCUGGAGAAUGUACCUGCAACGAUGGGUACAUCAGAGAAAAUGAGAACAGUUGUGCUCCAGUCUGCAAGGACGGCUGUAAGAAUGGAGAAUGUACUGCACCAGGAGAAUGUACCUGCAACGAUGGGUACAUCAGAGAAAAUGAGAACAGUUGUGCUCCAGUCUGUAAGGACGGCUGUAAGAAUGGAGAAUGUACUGCACCAGGAGAAUGUACCUGUAAAGAUGGGUAUACCAAAGAAAAUGAGAGCAGUUGUGCUCCAGUCUGUAAGGACGGCUGUAAGAAUGGAGAAUGUACUGCACCAGGAAAAUGUACCUGUAUAGAUGGGUAUACCAAAGAAAAUGAGAGCAGUUGUGCUCCAGUCUGUAAGGACGGCUGUAAGAAUGGAGAAUGUACUGCACCAGGAGAAUGUACCUGCAACGAUGGGUACAUCAGAGAAAAUGAGAACAGUUGUGCUGCAGUCUGCAAGAACGGCUGUGAGAAUGGAGAAUGUACUGCACCAGGAGAAUGUACCUGCAACGAUGGGUACAUCAGAGAAAAUGAGAACAGUUGUGCUGCAGUCUGCAAGAACGGCUGUAAGAAUGGAGAAUGUACUGCACCAGGAGAAUGUACCUGUAAAGGUGGGUAUACCAAAGAAAAUGAGAGCAGUUGUGCUCCAGUCUGCAAGGACGGCUGUAAGAAUGGAGAAUGUACUGCACCAGGAGAAUGUACCUGUACAGAUGGGUAUACCAAAGAAAAUGAGAACAGUUGUGCUCCAGUCUGCAAGUACGGCUGUAAGAAUGGAGAGUGUACGGCACCAGGAGAAUGUACCUGCAACGAUGGGUACAUCAGAGAAAAUGAGAACAAUUGUGCUCCAGUCUGCAUGGACGGCUGUAAGAAUGGAGAAUGUACGGCACCAGGAGAAUGUACCUGCAAGGAUGGGUACAUCAGAGUAAAUGAGAGCAGUUGUGCACCAGUUUGUAUGGACGGCUGUAAGAAUGGAUUAUGUACUGCUCCUGGAGAAUGUACCUGCAACGAUGGCUACAUCAGAGAAAAUGAGAACAAUUGUGCUCCAGUCUGCAAGGACGGCUGUAAGAAUGGAGAAUGUACGGCACCAGGAGAAUGUACCUGCAAGGAUGGGUACAUCAGAGUAAAUGAGAGCAGUUGUGCACCAGUUUGUGAGGACGGCUGUAAAAAUGGAGAAUGUACUGCUCCUGGAGAGUGUACCUGUAACGAUGGGUACAUCAGAGAAAAUGAAAACAGUUGUGAUCCAGUUUGUGAGGACGGCUGUAAAAAUGGAGAAUGUACUGCUCCUGGAGAAUGUACCUGUAACGAUGGGUACAUCAGAGAAAAUGAGACCAGAUGUGCUCCGGUCUGUGAGGACGGCUGUAAGAAUGGAGAAUGCACGGCACCAGGAGUAUGUACCUGUAAAGUGGGGUAUACUAAGGACAAAAAUAAAGGUUGUGUUCCAGUUUGCAAGAACGGCUGUAAGAAUGGAUUCUGCAGCGCACCAGAAGAAUGCGUCUGCAGUAAUGGAUACAUUAAAGAAAGUGUUAGCAGUUGUCUUCCAUUAUGUGAAAUGGAAUGUAUUAAUGGCCUUUGUGUUGCGCCCAACAAGUGCAACUGCAAUGAAGGAUAUAAAAACAUAGAUAAUGCUUGUGUGGCCCAAACUACUCUUUCAGAUGAAUUAAGUACCUUUGGUUCUGAGACGACUGUGUUACCGGAUUAUACAAAUGUCGAGGACAAACAAUCCUAUGUCUGUGCGGAGAGGUGCUGGAACGGAACGUGUAUGGAUGAGCAAUGCAUUUGUAAGAUGAACUACAUUUUGACCGAAGACGUUUUGAAUCCUGCUAAGUUGCUUUGCCUUCCCGUAUGUGAAACGGAGUGUCUUCGCGGUUAUUGUGCAUAUCCCAAUGUUUGCGCUUGCUACGAUGGACUGUUUCCGGAGGACGGAUUUGAAUGCCCGAUGUCUGAUGAUUCCGAGAAGGCGGGUCAAACUGGCAUAAUGAACAUGAAGAGCUUAUUUAUAACCUUAAUCGGCAUAUCUUUGCUGUUGAUGAUCAUAAUAUGCACCAUAUUGUACACAUUCAGGAAGCGAGCCUAUAGCGUAGAAGAGAAAGAAGAACAAUAUGGAGCUUACUAUUCGGCCAAUAAAGUGGAUGUCAUUCGAGCCUAAGAUUGACAAAAUAAAUACAACUGCUUUAGAGCUAUUCUACUAAAUGCUCAGAAAUCUCUGAGUAUUGUUUUGUUUACUUGGUCCUAAAUGAUUUUUAAUUAAACUUGUUUACAUUUUACUUUUUUAAAUAUACUGUGCACUUAAACUGACGUCGUUGCUGCUUCUGAAAAGCUUCGGAUUUCAAAUCACAUAAAAAUUAAGUGUGUGUGUAAGUAUUUGCUUAUAGUUUAUACAAGUCUAAGGUCUUGGUUACACAUAUUUAUAUGCUAUGUAUUUAAGCAAUAUCAAGAUGAGGUAAACUCGCUGAGCUCUCUUUUAACUGUUUUUAUAAAUCAGUACAAUUAAUUGCAAUUAGCUAAUAAUAUUAUUGUAUCAAAUAGAAAAUACAAAAUUGUUUUUCCGAU